AUGACAAUCCCACUCCCCUCUCUUCGCUAUACUGUUCAAUCUGUCCCAGCCAAUCUACUCCAAUUCAACAAUAAAUCCUCUUCUCCACCAUCUCCUCCCCCACCUUCCCGGGAAUCAACCACCAACAGUCAAGAACCAAAAGUAAAUGUACUCUGGAUAGGAUGUUCAGAUUCCCUUGUAUCAGAGACUGAUGUCCUCACAAAUGUUGAACGAUCUGAGAUUUUCGUCCAUCGCAACUUGGGAAAUCGUGUUAGUGUUGGGGACACAAGCAGUGGAAGUGCAAUUGAAUGGGCCGUUGAUGUUUUAAAGGUACAACACAUUAUCAUAUGCGGACACUAUGAUUGUCAUCUCCUUGAGGAGUCGGAGAGUGAUAGUAAUAAUUGGUACCGCGACAUAAUCCAACUCCAUCAACAAUCUGAUGCUCUAGAAUCACCCGCUCAAUCACCUCAAUCUCGGAAUCGUCACUUCACGGAACUUUACGUUCUAUCCGAAGUGGAAUGGUUAAGUAAACAGCCUAGUGUUGAAAGAGCGAUGAAAGAAUGGGGAUGUCAAGUUCAUGCUUUUGUGUUUGACCGGGAGCAAGAUAGUUGCGUUAGAUUAGUACCCGAAAGUCAAAUGAAAUGA